UUUAAGAAGUAUGAAUUACUAGGAGCAUAUCAGCUAUUUAAUAAAUAACAAUACUAAAAAAUUCUACCAUCCAUUUCUUAAAUUAACAACUUUUUUUAAUAAAAGGUUUUACGCUGAUAGUAUACCGAACGAAAUUGUUGAUUAGUAAACCUAGCCUUGCCAUUCAAAAUUAUUUUGUGUUUAUGUUUAGAUUCUUUCGAAAACUCGUACCUUUCAGUCUAUUUUCCAUUAUAAACGGUUUAUUUAUUGGAUCUUCGAUGUCCAACGUUCAUUGCAAUUUCACAAUCGCUGGUAGACAAUACAUUAAUAAGGCAAUCAUAAUAAAGAUCCAGGGCACUUGAGAAGCAUCGAACACGAACAAAGUACCAGAAUCGCAUAGGCAGACAGGAAAGCUGUCAGUUAAUCGGAGCUCCAAAUCAGUUACGAACUUUACAUUGUUUUUAUCACACAAUCGUCCCAUAAAAUCUUCAAAAUUUUCAUAAUUCGCCAAGAUAUUGGUCAGCAUCCAAAAGGAAUACGAAUACUUAAAGAAUCGUGUUACCGGCCUAAAUCUUCCAAAUCUGAUUAAAAAUCCUGGACGAAGGCGAGAAAUGCAACCGUUGCGAUUAGUGAUCCAGUGCCUGGUGACGCGCCAGGCCCAGAUGAUGACCCAAAUGCGCCGGGCCAGCGGGAGCAGCAGCUUUCCGGAGCUGGUCUUCCCGGACGAUCAGGACAUCGAGCCGGACGAUGAGCAGGGCGAUCUGGAACCGCAGUAUCCGAUUCUGCACAGCCGCCACACCGAUCUCUUCUACAUGCCGCACUGCGUUGGUCCGGCGUACCAGGGGCUCAUCUCUUCGGUGGAUCAGCCAUAUGCCACCGCCUACUAUCCGGCGGACUCGCAGGCGCUGGUCAAGGGGAGUGAUAACGUCCUGGGGUCUGUGAUCUCACCGUCCGACAUGUUUGUGGUGGCUUGCCCCAAACUUCUGGUGGAAUACAUGCGUCGCCUCUUCCAGCAUCCGUACUCCGGUUUUGGCAGUUCGAUGAACUUCAGCAUGAUUGGCUUGCGGUUCCAGGACGUGGAUGCCGACAAUGCCCUCCGCUCCUUUGUGCUUAUGGCCAGUCACAAUUCGCGUGAGAUUAUGCACAACGGCUACUGGGCGGACUUUGUCAAUCCGCUGACUGGCCGCGCCCACUUCCGGGCCGCCCACUCCAGCCGGAAGAAGUGCCAGGAGGCCCAGCUCCUCUGCCGCGGGCUGACUUUUACCAAUGCCAAUGGCUGCACCUUGAUCGAGGAGGAGGAGCAGAGCGAUCAGUUCACCGGAUGCAUCUUCACGGAUACACCCUGCAAGGUCCUGGAGUCGUGGUGCUCGUAGAUGGUCAUGAGAUCUCCGCCAGGCUGCUCAAUUCCAUGUCUCUGAUUGUGUACGCAUUAAAGUCCAGUUGAGAAAUCAUGUUCCCAACCUGACGAGGCAAAUUUCCAAAAAUUUUACCUAGUACAUUUUGGUCAUUUUAUUUUCGAUAAAGUUUAUAGCGAUCCUGUAAAGUAAAUUUAAAUUUAAA